UCAACACUUCCCUCCUCGUUUCAAAUCGUCUCUCUCGAUCGACGAGGCCUACAAAUCGAAAGGGAAAAACCAAAAAAAAAAAAAUAUUAGCAAUCUCAUCCCCCUCCACAUCUUCUCCUCCACCUUCUGCAAUCUCUCCCUCGUCGGCAACGGAGUUUGAGAGGAGGGGGAGGGAAUGGGGUGGAGCAGGUCUAUGAGGAAAGAGAGAGGGGCGAGUGGUGGCGUCGUCGCCGGCUGCAUGAGUGGCAUGCUUCAGCUCUUCGAUUUCCGGCAAGAAAUCGCCGUAGACACCACAACUAGCAGUAGUUCUCAGCCCGCAGCUCGUCCCCCGCCAGAAGAUGGCCUCUGCUGCACGGGCUUUGAGGCGCCUAGGAACAGUCUUGAAAUCCUACCUACUGCCGGUCGUGUUGUUGCAUUUGAGAAGCAACAACGUCGCCAAGAUGAUGACGAUGAAGAAAUUCCUAUGGCGUUUGAGAUUUUCACAAGACCGACGGCUUCCAAAGAUUCGACUAGUCCGAAUCCGAAAUGUAAGAGCCCGAGCGUCGUUGCACGUUUGAUGGGGAUCGAGAUUUUGCCAGAUGAAGUUGAAAAGGAAGCAGGAGGAGGAGGAGGAGGUGGUGGUGGUGUCCUGGAAGGAGACGAUUCCUCCGGCCUCAAUUCCAUCGGCAAGGACCGCACAAGCACCAUUAAGAAGCUCUCGCAUCCCAGAGAAAUGAAGCUCAAGGAGCUGAAUCGCGAGCUGAGGCAUCUCGAGAAGAGAUGUGAGAACAUAAUUCGGCAGGACCGGAUACUGACGCUCUCCCGGUCGUUACCGGAGAGCCCACGGAUCUCGUCGGCCCGGCGGUCGGACGCCGAGCACAGACUCUCCCUUCAGAUACAGAAGGAAAACGUGCCUCCCUUCGCCAACAUCGGUUACGCCGACGGCGUUCCCUUGGCCUCUUCACCGUCGUCGUCAACGUCAUCCUUCUCUCUGAGAAAUCUAGAUACAAAGAGAGCGACUUUGGUUUCAAAUGCUGGCAGACCAACCAGUCCUCGAUUGGUGCCAUCCUCAAAUUCACCUCGACUCGCGAAGACAACAAAGGAAGAGACCAGGCACUCAUCUACAUCGCCAUGCUCGCCCAGGCUCAGACUCAGAGGCCAAGAGGAAUGCACCAACAAGGUCAGACCAAGGCCAGAGAACCAGACCGCUGCGAGCUCACCUAAGAACAACUCGCAGAAGGCCGUCACUAGGCUUGGCACCACGCCGGCACAGGCGAUGGAGCCCAAACCAAGAGCCACCAAGUCAGGGCCUAGGCUCGGCGCCUCAGCAAAGGGUAAGCCCAGGUUCGAGGUCUCAGCGGUGAAGGGGAACAAGGGUGGCGUCGCAAGGACAGCAAAGAAGGACCGGAGCCCACCAAAGAUAAGAGAGAGCUACGUUCGGGUCCUAGACAUCAAGUCCGGCACCCCAAAGAAGGGGCAGAAGCCAAUCUGUGAUCACCUUCUCAAGGCCCAUUCCGUUAUCCCUACAACCAAGGCUUCCUCAAGGAUACUUCUCCGUACCCCUGUCUCUGGGGUCGCCCCCCCUCCGCCAUCUCGGCAAUCGUCUGCAGCAGCUUUGGAUGCUUCCGUUUUGGAUAGACCCACCAGCACCAGUCUGCAACUUGCUCCUGCAUUGCCCAAAAGGCCACGGCUCAACUCCCUCUGUUCUUCUUCUUCACUGCCCAUAUCCAUCCAUGACACCAUGCCAUCAUCUUCUCCGUCGUCGGCACCGGCAGGCGACAAAGGAAGCGUGGUAAAGGAUACCAUGUUCGUGUAUGAGUACAUUAAGAACAUAUUUGAGUUAAUGGGAGUAAGAAGCAACACCAAGGUCUCCUUCAUUAAUUGGUACUCCCCAUCUCACCCUUUGGAUCCCGCCAUCCUCAUCAAACUAGAUGCCUGGCCCUACCAUCAUGGUCGUCCCGGCCAAGGUGGUGGAGGCCAUCAUCAUGGGAUCACCAUGCCCGACACUAGGAGCAGCAGGAAGCUAGUGUUCCAACUGGUGGACGAGAUGCUGAGAGAGCGGCUGAGGCCCCACCUCUGCAUGAGGCCAUGGAUGAUGUUGAUGAUGAUGGGGCAGGGACCAUGCACGACGGCCGUGACCGGCAAGCAGCUGCUCGACGAAGUGUGGACGGAGACGCGAUGCUUCCCGUCCGCGGACUGCAAGAUCCUGCAGGACAUCGACGGGCUGGUCGCCAACGACGUCAACUCCGGCCACUUCUCCUCCCCGAUCAACGACGCCGACGCCGAGUCGGUCUCCGAGUCGAUACUCUUCCGUAUCGGUCAGGACAUCGCCGAUUCGCUCGUCGGCGAGACCGUCGUCGACCUCCUCUCUCUCUAGAACACGGCGCCUUUCUUCUUGGUCAGGGACGCCCAUGCCCGCUGCCCCCCCGGACGGCCCGUGCUCUUCUGUCCGCUUUCUCUCCAUACAGUUCCCUCUCAGUCUGAUCCCUUCAGCCCCCAUGGCAGUACUUCUCCCUCCACAUCGGCAUUCAAAGCUUUCUCUCCCUAUAACGUGGAGCCAAGUUUCCCACGCUUGGCAUGUGGCCAUUUCUACUUCUCCCUAGCGGGGCACUGGGAGUCGAGAUUUUCUCUCUCUAAAACCAGGGCCAUGGUCCCCUUCUCCCUCGCUCCUUCUGGGAACUCGAAACAGUGUGGCCAGUCUCUCUUUCUCUCUCUAGGCCAUCUCUCUCUUCCUCCCUCCCGAGGUGGAAGGAAGGGGAUGAUGGUGGGGGCAUGUGCAGUGGAUUCUUCGGUGGAUGACGUCACCUGCGCGUUCGUACAGAAGCCGGAGGAAGGAGGGGACGGCCUCGGAAUGACGAGGUCUGGCCCCGUCGGGGAGAUAAAAGAGUCACGUGAGCAGCUUCCGCCUGCGUCGCCGACCACAUGGAAACCGCUUUACAAAGCAGAGAGAACCCGAUGGAUACUCUGCGUAAACGGCCUUCGUGCUUCCAAAAAAACUUCAGAAAUGAGGAAGACGACCAUGGCGGAUGAUCGUUCGGCCCCAAGCGCAUCUUCGCAUUUAUCUCCGUCUUCUAUUCUUUUUAUUUUUGCUGUAGAAUCCUUUUCCCACCACCACCAAACACACCAAAAUCGAAAUAACCAGCCCCGCUCAUGAACGGGCUUCUUUUGUAAAUACGAUUACUUCUUUUAUAAGAUAUUAGAUCCUUUUUCUUGCA